GCGAGAGAGAGAGAGAGAGAGAGAGAGAGAGAGAGAGAGAGGAUACACGCACACAGCACAGCACGAGAGAGAGACCUAUAGGAAGAGAGAGAGAUCUGCAGCAGCAUGCUUCCACAGUGAUCAACUCCUGCAAGAGCUCUAGUCAGACUUUAGCUCAGUACUUCAAGUUGAAUGUAGAUUUGAGGAACUUUGUAAAGUCAUUUUCCACAAAUUUGACUCUUCAGACAACAAGACAUCUUCGUGUCAUUUCCCAGCCGUGGAUGAGUGCAAAAAGCGUGGAUGGUUAUGUUUGAAAAGGAGUCAGGACAGCCUCAGGACCAAACCACAGCGACAGCGAUGCCUUCCAACAAAUACUCUGCUGCGAUCAUGGAGGAGUGCAAGAACAUAACGGCCGCAGCGCCGGUUAUUGGAGUAUCGCCUCCAGCUGAGGGCCAAUCAGAGAACGACAGCGGAGUGGAGCUGACCAAUGAAAACAGCCCUCUGACUGCGGCUGAACCGCCAUCCCCCUUCAGCCCCAAGCAGAACGGAGACGCCGCCUCACCUCAAGAUGGCAACCAGUGUUUGGAGGGAAGCAGGAAAAGAAGCAGGAAGAAGUCAGUGGAAGAAGAGACUACCUGGGACUCCUACAGCGAGGAGAAAGCUGCAGGAGCGCCUCAGUUGAGUUUGAGGCAGACGCCCCGACCCAGGACGAUCUUCCAGGCCGGUCUGAAGCCACACACACACAACAAACCUCGCAGACAGAGCCGCAAACAGGAGCACAUCAUGUUAAUGUCUGGAAGGGCUGGAGGUGUUGGAAGUGUUCCCCGGGUGGCUGCAGUUGUAUCCGGCAGCGUUCCUAAUACCCCUCAUAUGGAGCUGAUGGAGCAAAACUCCAAGGACUCGGCUCAGAGCAUCAGCACCUCGUCCAGCUCUGAGAUCCAGCCAGAGUACAAUGACAACAAGGGGUUUGGCCUCGGUGAGCUGGUGUGGGGGAAGAUUAAGGGUUUCUCCUGGUGGCCCGGCAUCGUGGUGACGUGGCGCGCUACUGGCAAGCGGCAGGCCAGCCACGGCAUGAGGUGGCUGCAGUGGUUUGGAGACGGCAAGUUCUCUGAGGUUUCUGCAGAUAAACUGGACUCCAUCACCGCCUUCCCCAAGUUCUUCAGCCAGCCUUCCUACACCAAGCUGGCCUCGUACCGCAGGGCCAUCUUCCAAGCUCUGGAGAUGUCCAGUAUCCGGGCGGAGAAUAAGUUUCCUCCCUGCGAGUCGGACAAUCCAGAAGACCAGGUCAAACCCAUGCUGGACUGGGCCAACGGCGGCUUCCUGCCCAAAGGAGGGGAGGGACUCAAACCCACACACAGUGCCGACAGUAACCCUCUGGACCACCAGGUCCUCGAUGUUUCGCUGCCCGAGUAUUUCCCCAGCGCCAAGCGGCCCAGAGUCAGCCUCUGUAAGGGCAAGGCCGCCCCUGAGGAGACAUACAGCAGAGAACAAAUGGUGAAUGAAGUUCUAAAGAAUAACAGAAGUAUAGAAGAGUUCUGUCUCUCUUGUGGAAAGACGAGAGUAGCAACUUUCCACCCGCUCUUUAACGGAGGCCUGUGCCAAAAUUGCAAGGACGUGUACCUGGAGAUUUCCUACAUGUAUGACGAUGACGGUUACCAGUCCUACUGCACUAUCUGCUGUGGAGGGAGAGAGGUGCUGCUCUGUGGAAACGCCAACUGCUGCAGGUGUUUCUGCGUGGACUGUUUGGACAUCCUGGUGGAUCCCGGAGCGUCGAACAGCGCUCGCCACCUGGACCCGUGGCGCUGCUACAUGUGCCAGCCGCUGCUGCAGUACGGCGUCCUGAAGCGACGGCAUGACUGGAGCCUUAAGCUGCAGGAGUUCUUCGCUAAGGACAGCGGACAGGAGUUUGAGUCACCAAAGAGGUUCCAAGCAGUCCCCGCAGAGCAGAGACGACCAAUCAGAGUCCUCUCCCUGUUUGACGGCAUUGCCACAGGCUACCUGGUUUUAAGGGAUUUAGGUUUUAAGGUGGACCAGUACGUGGCGUCAGAGGUGUGUGAGGAAUCCAUCUCAGUGGGCGUUGUCCGACAUGAAGGAAAGAUCCAGUAUGUGCACGAUGUCAGGAACAUCAGUAAGAAAAAUCUCAUGGACUGGGGUCCAUUCGAUCUGGUGAUUGGAGGAAGUCCCUGCAAUGACCUGUCGAUCGUCAAUCCUGCCAGGAAAGGGCUCUUUGAAGGCACAGGGAGGCUUUUCUUUGAGUUUUACCGUCUGCUGAGUGAGGCCAGGCCCAAAGAAGGAGAGGACCGGCCGUUCUUCUGGAUGUUUGAAAACGUGGUCGCUAUGGGCGUCAAUGACAAGAGGGACAUCUCACGAUUCCUGGAGUGUAAUCCUACGAUGAUCGAUGCCAUCGAGGUCUCUGCUGCUCACCGUGCCCGAUACUUCUGGGGAAACCUGCCGGGCAUGAGCAGUUCUCUGGGUUUCAGGCCUCGGUGUGCCUCUGGGAUGGACAAGCUUGAGCUGCAGGACUGUUUGGAUCACGGCAGAGUUGCAAAGUUUGGGAAAGUGCGCACCAUCACUACCCGCUCCAACUCCAUCAAACAAGGGAAGGAUCAGCACUUCCCUGUCAUGAUGAACGGGAAGGAGGACAUACUGUGGUGCACUGAGCUGGAGAGGAUCUUUGGAUUCCCUGUCCACUACACAGAUGUGUCCAACAUGGGUCGCGGGGCCAGACAGAGGCUGCUGGGCCGGUCCUGGAGCGUCCCCGUCAUCAGGCAUCUAUUCGCACCGCUGAAAGAUUACUUCGCCUGUGAAUAGACACCACUUAUGAUUACAAACUAGCUUUUCAAUGAUAAAAAAAACAUCAGCAGCCGGCCAAAAUGUUCUAAAGAGCCAGAUAUGUUCUCUACUUUGGCAGGCAAUAACCAGUUUCACUAACAAUAAGUGUAACUGGGAAAUAGUAGAAGCAGCUGUUAGUUUGUAUCCAGCCCUUUUUCAUACUGGAGAUAAUGCACUGCAGCCUUAAACGCACAUAACACACACUAACACAAAGACACACAAAUACAGCAUGGUGUCAGAAAGAGAGGGCAUCACUGAUUUUAAGAGAGGCCAGUUUUGUUUUAGCUGUGGUGGAAGAUGGCGACACCUGAUCCCUCUGCUUUUUUCUUUAACAAGAGGCCUGUACAGUAGUUUUAACAGGAUUUUCCUUACGUUUUGAAAAGGCCCUUAGAGGGUAUUGUUUCGACAAUACUUAGUAGUUGUACAAAAAACAGAAGAUGGCACCAACAGCACAGCUUUAUACGUGGCUUCGUACCAAACGUUUUGUUUAAGGAAGUUUUAAAACAUUUCAGAGGUCUCUUAUCCCUUUAUUUAGUUGAUUAUGAAAAAGCUGCUGUAACAAGUUGUUAAUCUGAAUAAAAACACUUAAACCAAAGUCUUAAGACAGUACCUGCUGCUGCACUAGCCUCAGGCCUUAAUGUAUUUUCUCAAAACAAAAGGAGGUUUGUCGAAAAAACCUAAACGAUAGGAUAUUGGGAUUUAACGUCAACAUUUUGGAAAAAGAUAUCCACAUCUUUACUGGAUAAUACAAGAUUAACUAGGAUAAAAAAACAAUGUUUUUUUCAAUUUUCAACAUUUUAAGAGUAUGUGGUUAGUAUUUUGAUUUAAAUAUGGUAAGAAAAAAUGGUUUUAAAUGUUUUUAAAAGGAAAACUCUGUAGGAAAAUACAUUCAGAAAUGGAAGCUAGUGCACCACAUGUUCACCUGGAGAUGAAGCAGGAUUUUGUCCUUUAUUUUAGAAUAGUUCAUUUUCAUCGUUUUUUGUUGUAAAAAAAGUAAAACACAACUAUAAUUUUACCUUUUGCUUUGAGAUGACAUUUUAGGUGUAAAAUAGCUUCCUUAAAAAGAAAGAAAUUGUUUUAAAUAUUAUAUAAACAGGUUUAUGUAUAGAUAGUGUGAAACUUUGACUUAUGUCUCCCUGAUACAAAUACUUGAAACAAGCCAAUGAAGAAACGACUUCUCAAGAAGUCGUUUUUUGCCUUUUGCAAACCAUUACAGACAGCUAAGAAUAAAAGAGUGAUAGCAGUUAUGUUAAUACCCUAAAAGUUAAGAUUUUAUCCUUAAAAAAACAUUGUUUUAGUUCACCGUAAUGUCUCUACACGGGUUGAUACUUGUUCAAAUAAGUUUAUUUGAUUCCAGGAAAGAGUGGCACUGUAUACUUUUUUUAAAUGUAGGCAAACACUGGUGAACACGCAAUAUUUUCUGUAAAAUAUCUUUUUGAUUUUCUAAAACUUUUGGCAAGAAAACUACCAUGCAAAUACUCUUUGUCUACUAAAAAUUGAAACAAAACAUAAUAAAAACUACUUGGUUAUAUUCAGGAAACAUCAAGAUUUUUUAAUUAGUAAUAUGUCAUGUCAUGGAAAUAUCAUUUUAUGUAUGGGAAUACAAUUUCAUGAGACUAGAUUUAGACUAGACGGUUAACAGUGUGUAUAAAUAAAUAGUGCUCAGUAAUUGUAAGAAAACAAAGAGUCUGUUUGUAUGUAAGUGCCGCACAUUUGUUGCCAGAAGAAGAGUUUUACUGUGAGACAGCAAUAAGAUGGCAUAUGCUUGAGCAUUUCCAUCAGAGGGAGGGAUUUGCUGGUCAGUUUUAUCUUGAUACCGAUUACCUUUAUGCGACCAACCUCUCAAAGUAUGGUGUGUGCCUUUGAGGAAUGGUUUCGCUCUGAUAACUGGAAGAUUUUUCAAUGCGGUUGGCUGUCACCAAAUCAUAACAAAUGGGCAUUACCUCAGCCAAACGGGGCAACUGUACAUCACUCCUCCUAUAGGAUCUCUGUUCUGUGAAUUCAUACUCUAGCUUUAUGCUCCCACAUGCCCUGUAAAUGUAUAGCUUGUAUUUUAUCACUGGAACUUUUUUUUUCACAAUGUUUUGCGUACUCUAUUGAUAGAAAUUUUUAAUAGUACUUUAACUCUUGUCUCUUUUUUUAACAUAAGAUGCACAAACCUUAUUGAACUAUUUUCUUUCAUGUUAAAAUACUUUAAUUUCAACUCCUUAAGUGUUCUGAGAGCCCCCUUUUAGUUAUAAAGCCUAAUUUCUUAUUCCUUAAAAAAAGAGUAAUUGUUUACAUGCUACAUUAUUACUGCUGAGGUGAUUGAAUGUUUUGCUUGAAAACAGUAGGCAAUACAUUCUAGUUAUAACUGCUCUUUCAUUGAAAACACAUGCAGGAGUAUUGACAGUUUAAAGUUUUCAAUGUGUAAUGUUAUAACCUGAUAUAGAGCAUGUUAAUCAAUAUCUGUUGUUAUUUAGAUGCAAGACAUUGUUUAAUUGUAGGCUUGAGUGUGAGUGAUAUAGAACGUUUUUCUAUCAUUUUGUUGUUCUUUAUCUUUUAUUCAUUUUGUUAAAAGCGUUUUUAUGAAUCUAGAGUGCAAAAGUAUUUCAAAAGAAUAGAUUCCGUGCUAUUUUUAUACUACAUUUGAAUAGUCGUAAAGUGUUGAUGUAUUUUUUUGUUUGUGUACUUCUUAUAGAAACCUAUAUAUAUAAUUGUUACUCAAUAAAAUGCAGCUUGGCUGCUAAAAACA